CCCUGGCGAGGCAGCGUGAGGUGCACAGAUGCAUGGUGGAGCUGCUGCAAGUGUGCUGCCGAGACCCUGAGUGCUGCCAGAGGUUCCACGCCACGGCUCUCCCAAACUGGCCUGCUGGCUUGCAAAGAUCUGCUCUGAAUUCUUCUUUCUGUCUUCCUUUCUUGAGCAAGUGGUUGUUAUUUUAGGGGUCACCAAGGGGACCGGCACAGGCUCCUGAGUCUGGCAUCGGGAAAUAUGACAGCAGAAGCAAAAGCUUGUUAACAUCAGGGAAUUCCUGAGGAAAAAAAGGACAAGAUGCCUUUCAAAUGGUUCGAUUCGCUGAAGGAAAGAUUUUUGAACCCAGGAAAGGAGGAGGUGAAGAACACCGUUAGCGACUCACUGGGGAAUCUGCGAAGGAAAAUCGAUGGCACCAACAUCGAGGAGGAUCACAUUGAACUGACAGAAGAGGGGAGGCCUGUGCAGGCCAAUGCCCGCAGGCCGCAAAUGUGUGACUGCUACUGCUGUGGACUGCCCAAGCGCUACAUCAUUGCCAUCAUGAGUGGCCUGGGCUUUUGCAUUUCCUUUGGAAUUCGGUGCAAUCUGGGUGUUGCCAUCGUGGAAAUGGUGAACAAUAGUACUGUUUAUAUUAAUGGCAAACCAGAACUGCAGAAAGCGCAGUUCAACUGGGAUCCAGAGACAGUGGGACUCAUACAUGGCUCUUUCUUCUGGGGUUACAUUGUGACACAAAUUCCAGGAGGGUUCAUCGCAAACAAAUUGGCUGCUAACAGGGUGUUUGGAGCAGCUAUUUUUCUAACAUCUACACUGAAUAUGUUCAUCCCUUCUGCAGCAAGAGUACAUUACGGCUGUGUGAUGUUUGUAAGAAUUCUGCAAGGCCUGGUGGAGGGCGUCACCUACCCAGCCUGCCAUGGGAUGUGGAGUAAAUGGGCUCCUCCACUGGAGAGAAGCAGGUUGGCAACAACAUCAUUUUGUGGGUCCUAUGCAGGUGCAGUGGUCGCCAUGCCACUGGCAGGUGUGCUAGUACAAUAUAUAGGAUGGUCAUCGGUCUUUUAUAUUUAUGGAAUGUUUGGGAUUGUUUGGUACAUGUUCUGGCUUCUUCAUGCAUAUGAGAGUCCAGCUGCACACCCAACAAUAACCAGAGAAGAAAGAGUGUAUAUAGAAACAAGUAUUGGAGAAGGAGCCAGCCUUGCUAGUGCAAAUAAAUUUAGUACUCCCUGGAAAAGAUUUUUCACUUCAAUGCCAGUUUAUGCAAUCAUUGUGGCUAACUUUUGUAGAAGCUGGACCUUCUAUUUGCUCCUUAUAAGUCAGCCUGCUUACUUUGAAGAAGUCUUUGGAUUUGCAAUAAGUAAGGUUGGCCUUCUGUCUGCAGUUCCCCACAUGGUCAUGACAAUCAUCGUACCCAUUGGAGGGCAGAUAGCUGACUUCUUACGGAGCAGGAAUAUUUUAACAACUACCACUGUAAGGAAGGUCAUGAAUUGUGGAGGCUUUGGGAUGGAAGCAACCUUGCUUUUGGUGGUUGGUUAUUCUCAUACAAAAGGUGUGGCUAUUUCUUUUCUGGUGUUAGCUGUAGGUUUCAGUGGCUUUGCAAUUUCAGGAUUCAAUGUGAAUCACUUGGACAUAGCCCCACGUUAUGCCAGCAUCCUGAUGGGGAUCUCCAAUGGCGUGGGGACGCUGUCGGGCAUGGUGUGCCCACUCAUCGUUGGCGCAAUGACAAAACACAAGACACGUGAAGAAUGGCAGAAUGUCUUCCUGAUCGCAGCACUAGUGCACUACAGUGGAGUAAUAUUCUACGCUAUUUUUGCUUCUGGAGAAAAGCAGGAAUGGGCUGACCCUGAAAACCUGAAUGAAGAGAAAUGUGGUAUAAUUGAUCAGGAUGAACUGGCUGAGGAAACUGAGAUGAACAAUGAAACUUUUGUAAGUCCAAAGAAAACAUAUGGUGCUACCAGUCAAAACAGUGAAAUACAGAGAAGGGAAUGGAGAAAGCAAAAGCAAGUGACUCAAGACACGGAAGAACAGACUUCUUACCAUUACGAAAAUGGGAAUUUUCAAGAUUUGUCAUGAACACUUGAAAUUGUAAGGUUUGUAUAGCAGCUAUUCCCAUCUUCCUUUCUGCAUAGCUGCCCCAAAUCACCUGGUAUCAAUAACUAUUUUCUGAUUCAAUUGUGUAAUGUCUGUCCUUGUGACUAGACAAGAGGGGUAAUACUUGAUUUCUAAUACUGUGGAAGAGAUCUAACAACAGUGGGACAGGGAAAAGUAACACGAAAUCUUCACUUUGCCACUGGAUUCCCUUGGACAGAGCUCAUGUACUUGUUCAAUGAUCAGCCCUGGCAGAGAUGCUGCCUUGUGUGAGCCUAUGACUGUAGGAACAAGGAGCAUCCUUUUAUUCUCAUCUGAGCAGGCAAUGGAAAAGGUCAUAUCAGAUGGUGGAUCCACAGUGAUGCAGGUGAUUGGUGGGGCUCUAGAGGCAUACGAAUCUGCACUGAGUAGCACUGCUUUGCCUUUUGAGGAUUCCUGUAGAUUAACAUUUCAGCUACUUAACCCAUAUCAAACUGAAAACUGCAAAAGAUCAAAGCGGAGGGAAAAAAAGAUUUAUAUCUACAUGAGGAUAUAACCACUAAUGGUCACUCAACAACUAGAAGGUAACAUGUAGCAGAGAUGGCACAGUAUUGCUUCAACAAUGCCCUAAAACUGAUGCUGAAUCUGCUUUAUAAGUAUAAUCCACAGGGACUGGAUGAGGUAAUUAAAUGUAUACUUGUAAGAUUUGCCCCCCUUUAAAGAUUUUGUGCAGGCAUGAAAUAAUUUUGAAUAUAAAACCAUCUUUAGUGGUGCAAUAUUAUAAAUCCUUAUGAAAGGAAAUCAUUGUCCUGCUGGGAUUAGAUUUCUCACUCAAUUAAUUAUUGUGAAGUAAUUUAAAUAUAUUUUUCUAGUAUUAUACUGGUAGAGUACCUGCACUCAAUCCCAACAGCCCUUAUUUAGAUGAAUAAGCCUAUUUAGAUGAGCAAAGUCUUUAGUUCUGGAUCUACAGCUUUUUCUUCAUCAACACAACAGUCCCACUGUUGCAAAAGAUAUAGUACUGUAGCAUCUGAGAGAUAGCAGAAUGUCUAUGUCUAAAAAUAAUUUUCUUUUUCUAUAGGUACAGUAUAGUGUGGCUUUAGCUUUUUUCACACCAUUUUUAGAACCAGCCAGUGGAACAUGCCAUGUUAUGCAAACAGCUGCAGCUCAGAUUCAUUGUGACAUUAAUAUUCAUUUCAGAUUGGAGAAUUUCAGUAAGAUAUGAUUUAAUUUGUCUUAUGUUAUUAUUACUGCCUCAUUAAAUUCAACUGAAAGCUAUCCUCUCUAGUCUACAAUGUGCUUUGUGAUAUUUCAGUAUUAUUGUUCUCAUACACAGACACUGUAAUGCACACAAAAUGAGAACAUCUCUAAUAAUCGUUUUACUGUUUUGUUAAAGCACAAUUGAAUGUCAUGAGUGGAAUUACAUUUUUACAAUCAUUUGAAUCCACGGAUGAUUUAUCUUUUCUAUAAGUGUAACUAAAAAGGGAGACCCUGAAAUUAGCUAAUUCUUUUCAUGUGUCUCUGGUUGCUUUUCUAUCCAGCAAAAUCCAGUCUACAAGAGUAUACGUGGAUGAAAAGCAAAGUGAGGUGAAGGUGCAUCUAAUUUAGCUUCAGUGAGGAAUUUUAAACUGGUAUUAACUGAUAAUUUAAUGAUACAGGUAUUGCUGUGGUGCAGAGCAAUCCUACCUUGGCACAAUGCAGAUUGUUAACAAACCACUCUAACCUCCUCCCCCCAAAAAACAACAACAACAACAAACCCAACUUUAUUUUAUUGGGGCAAAAUAUAAUAUUUUUUCAAAAUCUUAAUCUUCAGCUUGGACUUCUUACAGGUUAUAAUCAACAUCUGGGGACUUAAGUGGCAGGAAGUGGUCAGAUGUUCCCACCAGAAUAUCAAAACAGCUGAACGUGAUGAUGUUAAACUAUUUUGCAACACUGACCGCAUCUUAUGAAAGAGAGAGGGCCACUUCUUUGCAAAUGGACAAACCAAAUAACUCCUUUUUCAAUCAUGUGGAAUGCACAUAGUUACUACAGGAACUCUUUAUAUGGAAAACAGUAUUAUGAAAGGAAUUAAUGUAAGAAUCUAAGAAUAAUCUGGCAGAGAGCAAAGAGGAAGAGAAUUAGCCAGCCUUAAUAAAGAGAAGACCCCACAAUGAUAAUGUUUCAAGUACUUAUAAAGCAUUGUACUAAGAAGAACACAAAGUGAACAUUUUGUUAUGAGAAAAACUACAAGCAUCCUGACAAUUUCAGAAAUGGCCAAAUGUGAGAAUUCUGUUUCUCUUGUGGUAGCUCUGGCGGCUACAAUUUCUUAUGGUUACGCAUUACAAUUGUCACAAGUGACAUUACAGUGAGGAGCUCAUUUUGCAUCUGCAAACUGAGCACAUUUAUUUCAUUCACUGGUAGUUUGGCUUAUUUAAUGCCUUGAAAGAAAUGGUUAAAAACUUGUGGACAAGCUUUUCAACUUAAGUAUUUUCAUUCUUUUCUAAGUGUAACUGCAUCCAGGGGUAGAAUAUAAUAUCUGAGAAGCUGAAGUUAUUUGCAGACCACAGUGCUUCUCCAGGCAAUCACAGGAGGAUACUGGGGCUUCCUCCCCUUCCUUUUCAACUGUUUCAAAUUGCUCAGAUGUAUUGCAUAAAGUGUAAACAGUAACGCUACUUGGAAAUUACUUUUCUUUCCUGGAAAUCUUUGUUAGUUAAUCAAGUGUUUGAUCUACUCAGUGGCUUCCACACUACCCUAUGUCUGAGAAUGAAGCCAGUGUACUGGGAUUAAAUAGGCUUUGUAAUUCCAGUAUCCUAAACCUCUUUAUCUGUAACUUGUUUCAACAGUGUUCUCUUGCGAGAUCUGAGAUAGCGCAAUCACUGAAGUUGUUUCUUCUGAAAGUAUCUUCUUAAAAUACGUUAGAAUAUGAAACAUUUAAAGAAUAAAGAAAACCGCUGGCGCAACCCAACCUGACUCCUGAAACAUCACAGCUCUAAGCUAAUGGAUGCAAAUAACCCAAAUGAGAGAUAUUAUAUUGAUUAAACUUCAGUAACUGCAUUAUUUGCACAUUUUUCUGUCCCCGUGUCAAAAAUAACUUCUUCAUGUUUCCCAACAUAAGAUAGAACUCAUUCACACAGUGUUUGAUUGGAAAAAUAGUUUCUGGUUAUAGACAGAAGAAAAAUUUGAUUUCUAUUGGAAAAGAGAUCUCCAUUGAGCUCUCUAACAAGUUAGAUGAUUAUCCAUCUCUCAUCAAUGUGGAAUGACAGACAGGCCACAGAAUGAGAAUUUAAAUCUGAGAAGAAAAAGUCGGAUAGCAAGUCUUAGGUACAGGUUGUACAAACCAGCCUCUGGCCUUCCUUAACAAAGCUGCAGUUAUAAUUCCUCAGCACCUGUUUUUUUCCAAGUACAAUAAGCAGAAGUCUUAUUGAUACUUAAUGCUCCUCUUAUGUGUAGGUAAGAGUUAAAUGAAUUUUUCCCUGUAGUAAGAAGGGGGAAAAAAUAAUGAUAGAAACAAUGAAAAUUCACCCCAGUAAAAACUUAUCCAGGGAAUUAAUCACUUGGUCCAAAAAAACAUGUAGACUUCUGGGUAAAAUACAUAACAAGAGGAUCCAGAUGUUAACAAAGUGCCAGGAGGAGUCUCACAUAUGUAACAUAAUUAAUUUGAAAGGAGCACAGCAAAAAUUAAUUCAAGGUUACGCAGAUGUUGUCAUGCAAGUAUUUCCAAUUGACCCCUGAUGUCAGAUAGUUACAGAGAUCUUUAAGUUUAGUCAUAAUGUUAAGGACUUUUAAAUUAAAAAAAAAAUUGUAAAAAAAAACAAAACAACAAACAAAAAACCAACAGAAUUACUUCCCAUUUUCCUUUAAAGAUCAUAAUUAGAGAAGUUCUAUUUAACUAUUUGUGUUUUAAGAGAGGAGUGAGCAUUUUGUGUGGUGAAAAAGCAAAAAGGGAAAAAGAGAAGAAAUGAAUACAAGUUGUAGCUGAGAGCCAACACAGACAGAGGGGUGAGGAAGAACCGGAAUCCAGCAUCAGAAUUCUGGAAAGAGAACGUGAAGUUUCGCAGAUUUUUGAGUUUGAAGCCUACAAGAUGGGUUAAGACCUGAUAUCCUGAACAGUCUCAAAGUUCAGCAAUCUCCUUUAAAGUGUAAAUCUCAUGAAAUCAGGAAUAAAUAAACUGACAGAUUCAAAACUCCACACUCUUUUGCCAUCUGAAUGUGUGUGUGAUAUAGAUAACACUACUUACACUAUAUAGAUCCAUAUGCAUAUACAGAAGUCUCGUAGGCUUCUUUGUAAAAGUGCUUUUAAUUACACACAUACCAAUAGCAGUUAUAUCUUAACAUCCAGUUGAUAGCAAUAUUUAGAAGUGAAAGCAAAAAAGUCCUUUCUUAUCUCAAACUUUUUGGGUUUUAGUACUUAUAAUGCUUAGUAUUCUUAGAGCUCUUUUAUAUUCAGAAUUAUAUGGUGAAAGAAAGGAAUCUGUGUAAGAAAUGCAGUAAGAUUUGUUUUCUUUCAUGCUGAAAUAUCUUGGAAAUAAAAUAAGAGCCAACACAUUUUUCCUGAGAGCAUACCAUUGGGAUAUUUUAAGCCUUCAUCAUAAUAAAAGCUUGACUCAUUGAACUUCUCAUUCAGUGUCUCUACAGCAGCCAACAGACUAUGUUUGUUCAUCUACAACUGGAUUUAUCUGCUCAGCAAAGCCAGAGCUCUGAAACUGUGCUGUAGGAAAUUGGCAUUUACCUUUCUCCUUGUUUUAGGCUCAGUAGUCCUAUCUGCACAAAAGAUUUAGAGUUUCUUUGAGCAGGUCAUGGCUGCUUUGGUAAGUAAGUCUUAAGCAAAAAUUGGAACUCAUGAAGAAUACAUCUCUGUUAGCUCAAAGCUUUGUUUGUAUAUGUAUAUAUUUAUUUUUGGAGCACCAACUUCAGGAAAAGAAAAACUUUCAUAAAAACAGUAAAUAGUUAAGGCAGCCAAUAAAAAUAGUUGUCCUCUGAGGAACUGGCAGUCAUCAUUAGCACUGUGCCAGGUGCUUUUUGUCUGCUGGGCAUAGGAGUAAUGAAUGGCAAAGGAAUUAGUCAGAGAAACUUGUUGAUGCCGUGAGUAAGAUAAGGGCAGUGAGGCUUUCUCUUGCUUUAGGACUUUGAUCCUAUCUGCUUGUUCUCUCCUGCCUUCCUGCGUAUGUAAUAAUAAUAAUAAAAAAAAAAGAUCUGUAUGUCCUGA